AUGUCUCAACAUGAUUUUGAUGAUUUAAUACUUUUGGAAGCGACUCCAGAACAAGCCAUCAUAACCAACAAAAAUUCUUACAUAGAAUGGGGUCAUCCUCAAAUAACUUUGGAACAAUACCUUGAGCGCGAGAAGCUCCUUGCAAAUCUGGAAUUCACGGGUUCAAAUUUCAAUGUUUGGGUUCUUGUGUCAAGAAAGGAACAACAAGAACUUCAGGGAAAAGGGAGCACGCCCGUAAACAAUAAAUUGACCAUCCUUUCGGCGUGUGAAUCUUUUAAAAGAAAAGCGCUGAUUGUGGAUAAACCAGGAGAAGUUAUAGAAAGAAUAUGCUAUGGUAUAGCAUCAGUAUUUACACCACCACAUCUGAGAAACAGGGGUUAUGCUUCGUCAAUGCUAAAAUUGCUAACCGACGUUUUGGUAAAAGAAUUUAAAGCGGAUUUUUCGUUUCUUUUUAGUGAUAUCGGACCGAAUUUUUAUCAAAAAAUUGGCUGGAAUGUUUUUGAUCAUAAGGAGAUUGUAUUUAAUACAGAUCGUAAUGAUAUUAUAGAAGAAUCAGGAGAUUCAGAAUGGAGAAAGGGUAUAUCCGUCAAUCUAAUUGGUGAAAGUGAUUUAGAACGGAUAACCCGGUAUGACUGUGAACUUGUUCGUCAAGAACUUUCAAAAGUGGACUUCAGAGCUUUAGUAGUAUUUCCAGAAAAACCUUCUUACGCGUGGAUGUUUGAAAGAAGUAAAUUUUAUGCAAGGGUUAUUAUAAAUGCCGAAAUUACAAUCUUCGGCGCAGAGGUAAUUAGAACGAUUGAUGAAAAUUGCGAAUCUGGAAGUAGUGUUAGGAGGGAACAAUCGGUUGGGUUUAUUAUUUGGUAUCAUGAUUUUAAAGAACAAAAACUAGUUGCCCUUAGGUUAAGAAGCUCUAACCAGCAAACCACAAAAUUAUUAAUCGAACAAGCCAGACGAGAAGCACGUAGAUAUAACCUGAAACAGGUUAUUUUCUGGAACCCGGAUAUGACAUUAUUCUCUGGGGAAGAUGGAGAAUUGGUGGAGCGAAAAGAUUCCUUGCCUAGUUUAGCAUGGUAUAGAGAUCAGGAUUUUAAAUUGAGGUGGUUAUUGUUAGAGAAAACUCUUAGGAUUUUGCGUCCUCACAAAUUUUGGGCUCGUCAAUAUACCACAGUUACGAAUCGUGUUUCUUGCGACGAAAAGGAACCUUCAUUUUUGGACUCUGCGGCAAAGCUUAGUAAUGUAUCGCCGAAAACCUUAGCCCAUCUCAAAGCUCCUGAUUGUACGCUCGAAGUCACCUUUCCAAUUGAGGUUGGUGAAGAUAGAGUUGAAGUUCUUACGGGUUAUAGGGUUCAUCAUUCUCGUCAUUUGCUACCGGUAAAAGGUGGAAUCCGAUUUUCGCCUGAGGUUGAAGAGCAAGAAGUGGCAGCAUUAGCCGCUCUCAUGACUUACAAGUGUGCUGUUGUAGAUGUUCCGUUUGGUGGUGCGAAAGGUGGUAUUGCUUUGGACCCUACUAAAUUCACCGAAAAUCAGCUGGAAAGAAUCACACGACGUUACACCAUGGAAUUAUGUCAAAGGGCAUUUAUUGGUCCUGGAGUUGACGUGCCUGCACCCGAUGUAGGAACUGGUGCUCGCGAAAUGUCAUGGAUUAUGGACACCUAUAGACAAUUUCAUCCCAAUGAUGUAGACUCCAUCGGGUGUGUUACCGGUAAACCGAUAUAUCUGGGAGGUGUCAGAGGGAGGAACGAGGCCACCGGACUGGGCGUUUAUUAUGGUAUACGAGAGUUUCUUUCAUACCCAGAAGUUCAAAAAUCCACAGGGUUAAGAGGAAGUAUCAAAGACGUGAGCUUUAUUAUACAAGGAUUUGGUAAAGUGGGUUACUGGGCCGCAAAAUUUUUUGCCGAUAAUGGUGCCCGGGUGAUUGGGAUCGGUGAAAAAGAUUGUGGCGUAUAUAAUGUUAAUGGAUUAAAAAUAGACGAGUUGUUCGAUUAUUAUAAGAACAAUGGUUCAUUCCGAGGUUUUCCAAAUGCCGAAAUUAUAGAAGAUCCGUUAAAGAUUCUCGAAUUGGAAUGCGACGUUCUGAUUCCGGCUGCGCUUGAACGUCAAAUCGGACUUAAAAAUGUCAAUCAAAUUAAAGCCAAAGUUAUUGGCGAGGCCGCCAAUGGUCCUGUGACCCCAGGAGCUGAUGAAAUUUUGCUAAGCAAAGGGAUUUGUAUUAUACCAGACUUGUUAUUAAACGCCGGGGGCGUUACAGUUUCAUACUUUGAAUGGUUAAAAAAUUUGUCGCACAUGAGAUUUGGAAGAAUGACCAAAAAAUGGGAUGAACUUGGUAAAACGAAACUAGUGGAAUUAAUAGAAACCAUAAUUGGGCAAAAAGUAUCAGAUAAAGAAAGAAGGCAGAUUGUGCUUGGAGCGGAAGAAACAGAUUUGGUAUAUUCAGGAUUAGAAGACACCAUGAUCGGCGCGUGUCAAGAGACCAGAAUUACCGCUCUCAGAAAAGGCACGGAUUAUCGAACUGCGGCAUUCGUUAACGCCAUAGAAAAAAUUGCCACGGCCUAUGAAGGAUCAGGAAUGAUGUUGAUGAACUAG